GCAAAAGUCUGUAACUCAGGGAGACCCGUGAGCCGCAGCCGGUUGUGAGGGAGAAAGCUCCAGGAGUCUAAGGAGGGUUGCUACCUGCAGCCUGGCAAGCAGGCAGACGCUGGCGUGACGGGACCCAGCGCGGGCCGCCAGUAGGGGCGGGACCCAGGCCGCAGUGCGCAGGCGUUGAGCUAACCGUUUCCAUGGCGGCGAGGACUCACGCGCCGCAACUGCUCUACAACCGUAGGGUCCCAGACUUCGGCCCCGCGGGAGACCGUGGUCCCCAAGCGUGUCAGCAUCCCCAUCUCAGCGCAGGCCGCUGCUCGCGGUCAGCCGAACCCCACCUUCCCGCUUCCUGUCCCUUGCACCGACAUGGGCGACCUGGAGUUGCUGCUGCCCGGGGAGGCUGACGUACUAGUGCGGGGACUGCGCAGCUUCCAGCUGCGCGAGAUGGGCUCCGGAGGGUGGAACCAGCAGCAUGAGAACCUCGAGAAGCUGAACAUGCAGGCUAUCCUUGAUGCCACGGCCAGCCAGGGUGAGCCCAUCCAGGAGCUGCUGGUCACCCAUGGGAAGAUCCCGACGCUGGUGGAGGAGCUGAUUGCAGUGGAGAUGUGGAAGCAGAAGGUGUUCCCUGUGCUGUGCAGGCUGGAAGACUUCAAGCCCCAGAACACUUUUCCCAUUUACAUGGUGUUACACCAUGAGGCCUCCAUCAUCAACCUCCUGGAGACGGCAUUCUUCCACAAGGAGGUGUGUGAGUCAGCAGAGGACACCAUCUUGGACCUGGUGGACUACUGCCACCGCAAACUGACUCUGUUGGUCGCCCAGAGUGGCCAUGGUGGCCCCCCUGAGGAGGAGGAGUCCCAGUACGGCACCCCCAUGCAGGAGCUGCAGAAGCAGGCAGAGCUGAUGGAAUUUGAGAUCGCACUGAAGGCCCUCUCAGUGCUGCGCUACAUCACAGACUGUGUGGACAGGUGGGCUGUCCUGCUAAGCAUGGGGCCUGCAGUGGAGGGCUGGGAGCCUGGGCCUGUAGCCUCAGCUCACCUCUCCAUCCCCGUCCCUAGCCUUUCCCUGAGCACCUUGAGCCGCAUGCUCAGCACCCACAAUCUGCCCUGUCUCCUGGUGGAACUGCUGGAGCACAGUCCCUGGAGCCGGCAGGAAGGCGGCAAGCUGCAGCAAUUUGAGAGCGGCCGUUGGCAGACAGUGUUCCCCUCAGAGCAGCAAAAGCUGAGCAAGUUGGAUGGGCAGGUGUGGAUCGCCCUGUACAAUCUGCUGCUAAGCCCUGAGGCCCGGGCCCGCUACUGCCUCACAAGCUUUGCCAGAGGACAGCUACUCAAGCUUCGGGCCUUCCUCACAGACACACUGCUCGACCAGCUGCCCAACCUGGCAGACCUGCAGGGUUUCCUGGCCCACCUGGCCCUGACCGAAGCCCAGCCCCCUAAGAAGGACCUGGUGUUGGAACAGAUCCCAGAAAUCUGGGAGCGGCUAGAGCGAGAGAACAGAGGCAAGUGGCAGGCUAUUGCCAAGCAUCAGCUGCGGCAUGUAUUCAGCCCCUCAGAGCAGGAACUGAGGCUGCAGGCACGAAGGUGGGCUGAGACCUACAGACUGGACGUGCUAGAGGCAGUGGCUCCAGAGCAGCCCCGCUGUGCCUACUGCAAUGCAGAGGCCUCCAAGCGCUGCUCACGAUGCCAGAAUGAGUGGUAUUGCUGCAGGGAGUGCCAAGUCAAGCACUGGGAGAAGCAUGGAAAGGCUUGUGUCCCGGCAGCCCAGGAUGACAGAGCCAAGUGAAGGCUGCAGCUGCUGAGGGCCGACCACCCAUGCCAUACAACCCCGUGCCCCUGAACCUCUGGAUCUCAGUCCGGCCUCUGCAAGUGCCCCAGCCUCCCAGGUGGUGAAGAUAGCAGGCGGGAAGAGCUGCUGACCCAUCUCCCCCAGCAAAGCGCUCGCCACUUCCUGCUCCAUCCGGCGGGUAGGCUUAGGGUGCAGCCUCAGCAAGCUGGGGCAGGAGGCCUGGGCCGGGGGCAAGGGCCGGAUGUGGGGACCCUCUUUCUCUAGUACAGUAAAGCUAGCUUCCAGAAACACGCCUGUUUCCGCGUGGCCCUUUGAGGUCGUCGUGGUUGUUAGGGGGAGGGGAGUUGCUCGCUAGAUGAAGGGAGGAUAGGAAACGGAGGGCGGGGACUCCGAGAGAGCAGCCCCUCGCCGCGCCCGCCGCCCCACUCCGCCUGCGGGCCGACACAGCCCGGGCGCCCAGGUUUCCAUUGCGCCGCUCUCCUCCGCUCUCCCGCCG